AUGUCGAUUUUUUCGCGAGCUGCAUCUAGUCAACCCCGAUUGAUAAAAUUCAAUAGUGGUUGGAAAAAUGUCUUGUGCGUUAAACGUUCCCUUCAAUCAACAUCAACAGAUUCUACACCGUCAACUAUGGAGCUCGGCAGUGAAAGUCAAGAAGAAAAUCAUGGAACGGGUUUUUAUACGAUGGUAGAAAAAUUCUAUGAUCGUGCUGCAAAAAUUCUUGAAGAUAAAUUAGUUGACGAAAUGCAUAAAUCAAAAUUGAGCGAACAACAAAAGCGAAUGAAAGUUCGUGGAGUAUUAACGAUGAUGAAACCGCCAAAUUAUGUGUUAGCUAUUACAUUUCCAGUACGUCGUGAUAAUGGUGAAUGGGAAUUAAUCGAAGCAUGGCGUGCACAACAUUCCUUACAUCGUACACCGUGUAAAGGCGGUAUCCGCUACUCAACGGAUGUAAAUUUAGAUGAAGUGAAAGCAUUAGCAGCUCUAAUGACAUUUAAGUGUGCCUGUGUUAAUGUACCAUUCGGUGGUGCAAAAGCUGGUGUUAAGAUUAAUCCGAAAGAUUGGUCUGAAGGAGAAUUAGAACGUAUAACUCGGCGAUUGACAGUUGAAUUAGCGAAGAAAGGUUUCAUUGGACCCGGUAUUGAUGUUCCAGCUCCAGAUAUGGGCACUGGUGAACGUGAAAUGGCUUGGAUUGCUGACACAUACCAGUCAACAAUUGGUUGGGAAGAUAUAAAUGCCAUGGCAUGUACUACCGGUAAACCAAUCUUACAAGGUGGCAUUCAUGGACGAACAUCGGCUACUGGCCGUGGUUUAUACCAUGGUUUAGAGAAUUUUGUGAAUGAAAAAUUUUAUAUGGAUAAAAUUGGUUUGACAACGGGUCUCGCUGGAAAAACAUUUAUUGUGCAAGGUUUCGGCAAUGUUGGUUUUCAUUCAAUGCGUUAUUUGACACGACAUGGUGCGAAAUGUAUCGGUGUGCUUGAAUGGGAUGGAGCUAUUGUUAAUCCUCAAGGUAUUGAUCCAAAAGCACUUGACGAAUAUAAAUUUGAAAAUGGCACUAUUGUUGGAUUUCCUGGAGCAAAGCCUUAUGAAAAUCCUGAUAAACAAGAAUUACUUUGCGAACCAUGUGAUAUUCUUGUUCCGGCUGCUAGUGAACAGCAGAUUACAUGGAGAAAUGCUCGUUGUAUCAAAGCUAAAAUCAUUGCCGAAGGAGCUAAUGGUCCAACAACACCAGGAGCAGAUAAAAUACUUCUUUCCAAAAAUGUUCUUGUGAUUCCAGAUAUGUAUAUCAAUGCUGGUGGUGUUACGGUUUCGUAUUUUGAAUGGCUUAAGAAUCUCAAUCAUACAUCUUAUGGCCGAUUGACAUUCAAAUAUCAACGAGAUACAAAUUAUGCACUUCUCGAAAGUGUACAAAGUUCAUUAGAAGCCAAGUUUGGUAAAAUGGGUGGCAAAAUUCCAAUCAAUCCAAGCGACAACUUUUUUAAUCGUAUGGCAGGCGCAUCAGAAGUUGACAUCGUUCAUUCCGGUCUUGAACAAACUAUGGAACGAUCAGCGCAAGCUAUUAUGCAGACAGCUAAACGCUUUAAUUUAGGUUUAGACAUACGCACAGCUGCUUAUGUAACGUCACUUGAAAAAAUUUAUAAUGUAUAUUCAGCUGCUGGCAUGACAUUCGGUGUUUAA